AUGGACGUGAAAUCCGCGCCUUUACCGCCUUGCCAGGUACGGGUACCCCAGGCACGCCAGGCACGCCAGGCACGCCAGGCACACAAGGCACACAAGGCACCUCAUCGAUAUGCUCGUUGGGGAUUGCCCCUGGCUGUUGCCGUGUUGAUUCUUUUAGUUUGGCCUGUCCCACUACCCUCAUGGAAGGCAGUCGAGCCUUUGGACAUUCCAGUCACCUGGGAGGAAAUCGUUCCUUCGCAAUCUCUGGAGUACCAUAAUUGUGGCGAUGACUUCCAAUGUGCGAGAUUAGAAGUACCUAUGGACUACCAGCGGACAGAUGGGACGGGUCGCACGUUUGCCCUGGCUAUUACCCGACUGCCGGCCAAAGUCCCAGUCACAAAUCCGCGGUAUGGAGGUGCGGUGCUGAUCAAUCCCGGUGGACCUGGUGGACCCGGGACAAUGCAAGCGUUCCUGGCGGGUCGAAAUCUCCAGCUGAUCAUUGAUGCGGAGGCCGAUCCAAACGAGACCGGUGAAGAAACUGGGAACAAAUAUUUUGAUAUUAUCGGAUUCGAUCCUCGUGGAGUAGGAUCCACAACGCCUCCAGUGAUGUGUUUCCCUGAUCCCGUAUCCCAAAGGAAUUGGGAGUUGCAAGUCUCCGCAGAAGGCAUGCUAGGAAGUGGACCGGAUUCCUUGCAGAGAAACUGGCAGCGGACGCACGCGCUGAACUCAGGCUGUUCAGUAUUCGACAUGUCGAGUCUAGGAGCAGAUGAGCCAAUGAUGUCAUAUGUCAAUACACCACUUGUCGCGCAGGACAUGCUGACCAUCAUCGAACGCCAUGGAGAAUGGCGUGAGAAAGAAGGCCAAAGAGCCCAAACAGCCCACAACGAGUGCCAUGGACUGAAUGAAGCUGACGAGAUCAUGAAGCGCACUAAAUGGCACCGCGGAGAAGAGCCACUUCUCUAUUGGGGUCGCUCAUACGGCACCUUGCUUGGCACCACCUUUGCUUCACUCUUCCCAGAGCGAGUCACACGAGCUGUUCUCGAUGGCGUAGUAGACAUGGUGAAGUACUACCAAGGAACAGGACCGAACGUUGUUGCUGAUGCAGAUGCCAUCUUCGAUCGAUUUCCCCGGUACUGUAAUGAGGCUGGACCCGUGGGAUGUCCCUUCUAUGUGGAGGGUGGUCCAGACGCCAUCAGGGAAGCCUAUUGGCAACUUGAGCGACAGAUUCUCAACACCUCAAUCCCUGUUAUGGCAUCUGCGGAGCGGGGACCAGAAGUUGUAACUUGGACAGAUAUCAAAGCGAUUCAGCGUGUUGCCAUCUACCAGCCCCUCCUUGCAUUCCCGAUCCUGGCAGAUAGAAUGACCGAACUGGGCAAGGGAAAUGCAGCCCCCAUGGCUGACUUCAAGCAUGGAAGCCACUUCGGUGCAUGUCCGUCCAACAAAUGCAGUCUCGCUGGACCUUGGUCACCAGAAUGUGCUACCUCGCAGGAUAACAUGCUCUACGCUAUGGCAGCUAUUCUAUGCUCGGAUGCCGAAUAUUUGACAACUCUGAGUAUUGAACAGUUCCAGGCAGAAUGGUCUAGCCUUCUGGCUGAUAGUGCAUCUCUGGGUGAUUAUUGGGCGCAAUUGCAAUUGAGCUGUGUUGGAUGGAAAGCCAAGGCUAAGUACCCAUUCACGGGGCCGUGGGGCGCUGUUACUGCUCAUCCCAUGCUCUUCGUAUCAAAUACCCUGGAUCCAGUAACUUCUCUCCACAGUGCCCAACACAUGUCCCAGAUUUUCCCAGGAUCUAGAUUGCUCCAGCAAGAAUCAGAAGGACACACCACACUCACAGCCCCCUCAAUAUGCGUGGCGAAGGCCAUUCGCCAUUACUUCCAAACUGGUACACUACCAGUGGUAGGAACCCUGUGCCAAGCUGAUUUGAAGCCAUUGGUUGGAUCUCCGCAUCAUCACGAAGCGAUCACCCAGAGCUUCAACCCAUCCGACCGUAAACUAUUUGAUGCAUUGAUGGCGGAGGUUCACCGAUCGCCUCUGUUUCCGCUAUAA